CACGCACACGCUCGGUGUGUCUGAUCACUCUCAGCGCGCGCCACUCACUCUUUACCGCGCGCAGGAGAAAGAGCUCGAGCGCAGCUGCCUGCUGCUGCUUCUUCAUUGCCGCCCGCUCGCAUUUACUAUCCGGAAAAGUAGCUUAGAGAGAAGAAUACCACUGAGAGUCCCUCAUGCUUAUCCGGGGAGACUUCCAAUGCACUCCUGAAUACCCAGGACAUAUACAGAAAAAAACAUUUCCCCCUCUCUGUCGGAUAUGAAUUGUUUUGUGUUCUCUCUCUCCUCAGCUCUGCGUGAUAUGUGCUUCACGUGUUCGCGCGCCACAGUGAGUUCAUUUUCCAAGUGGAGUGUUUGGAUUGUGCAUCAUCCCGCGAUGCUCCUCGUGCCUCUCCUCUGGUUGGCGUCGCAGGCUCGCGCUGCUCCAUCCCUCACAACCGAACAGAUGGAUAUGGGGGUGGAUUGGCUGAGUAAGUUCGGAUACCUCCCGUCGGCUGACCCGGUGACCGGCCAACUGCAGACCAAGGAGGCACUGACCAAGGCGAUUAAAGCCAUGCAGCGAUUCGGAGGCCUGGAGGAGACCGGAGUGUUUGACCAGGCAACCCUAGGUUUAAUGAAGACGCCACGCUGUUCGCUGCCAGACAUGUCCGAGCUGGAGACAGCGGCUGGCAGGAGAAGACGAGCUCUGGCACCUCAGAAAAAGUGGACCAAGAGACACCUGUCCUGGAGGGUGCGGACAUUUCCCAAGGAGUCGGCUGUGCUAGGAAGGGAAACGGUUCGAGCCCUGAUGUACUACGCGCUGAAGGUGUGGAGUGACAUCACGCCGCUCAACUUCCACGAGGUAGCGGGAAACAAGGCAGACAUCCAGAUCGACUUCACCAAAGCAGACCACAACGAUGGCUACCCUUUCGAUGGGCCUGGUGGUACUGUAGCCCACGCCUUCUUCCCAGGAGAACGCUUCACUGCAGGGGAUACACACUUUGAUGAUGACGAGGCUUGGACUUUCAGGUCUCCAGAUUCUCAUGGCAUGGACCUGUUUGCUGUGGCAGUACAUGAGUUUGGCCACGCCAUAGGACUCGCACAUACGUCUGCUAUGGAGUCCAUCAUGCGUCCGUAUUACCAGGGGCCGGUGGGAGACCCACUCAAGUACGAUCUCCCUUAUGAAGACAAGGUUCGAGUCUGGCAGAUUUAUGGUGUACGGGACUCAGUCUCACACACGGCCCGUCCAGAUGGCGUGUCUCAUACCGACGAUCCACCUGUUCUAAUGGACUUGCCAGAAAACAAAUCCACAGUGCCUCCAGAACGCGAUGCCCCAGACAGAUGUACCAGUCACUUUGAUGCAGUGGCUCAAAUCCGAGGGGAGGCCUUCUUUUUCAAAGGGAAGUAUUUCUGGCGACUGACUCGGGAUAAGCACCUGGUGUCAUUGAGGCCGACUCAGAUCCAUCGCUUCUGGAGAGGUCUGCCUGCUAACCUGGAUAGCAUCGAUGCUGUGUAUGAGAGACCCGGAGACCAUAAGAUUGUCUUCUUUAAAGGGAUGAAGUACUGGGUAUUCAAGGACAACAUCGUGGAGGAAGGCUACCCACGCCCCGUCAGUGAUUUCGGCCUGCCGAUGGAGGGCGUAGACGCUGUCUUUGUCUGGCUACAUAACGACAAGACGUAUUUCUUUAAGGACAACCAUUACUGGCGCUAUGACGAUCAUCUGCGGCAUAUGGACCAGGGCUACCCGAAAGACACGACGUUAUGGAAAGGGAUUCCAUCUCAGCUAGACGACGCCAUGCGCUGGUCUGAUAGUGCCUCAUACUUCUUCAAGGGUAAGGAGUACUGGCGAGUGGUGGGCAGUGAUAUGGAGGUGGAGGCAGGGUAUCCACGCCCCAUCGGCAUAGACUGGCUGGUCUGCAAGGACAUGCAAUCGGAUGCUCCACAGACAAGGAAUAACGAGACAGGUUCACAGCUGACCGGACAGCACCACUCGGAUCAUGCCGAGAACGGCUACGAGGUGUGUUCCUGCACCUCAGACUCGGGCUCGUCCGCUGGCGCACGCCUGCAGCUCGCACCUGCCUGGCCGUUGGUAGCCUUCUUAAUACUGACACACACCCACGUGUAUGGCACACUCUGAUGAUGGGGACGCCACAGGCCUGUACUGGCAUAGACACGGACACUGAGAGUGCGUAUGCAGUGGCUUGUGGGAAGGACAGAGGGCAAAUUUACACUCCCAUCAUUGAUCAUUACUUACAUCUGGCUUUUUUUCUUUUCUUUUUUUUUUAAAUCAAAACUGGAAAUUUGUAAUUAUAUUAUAAAUAAUUCUAGCUGCAUUGAAAUUCUUCCAUGUCAAGUAUUAUCUGCUUUUCUUUCCCCCCUCAUGCAAUGAUAAGGAUAUUCAGUGUUUAAAGAGAGGAAAAACAAAGGAGGUCAAUCUGUAUUUUCCAGACUAAAAGUCACACCGGGUUUAUAUCCUGCACCACAGCAAAUAAUGUCUGCUUAAAAAGAAAUCAAUGUACAGUAUAUGUUGUGUUAUUUUUGUUUUAUGCAAUGUUUAUUAAAAUUGAGAAUUUUUUAUUUA